AUGGCCCCCAAACCAAAACCCAAACCCAAACCAUCCAAACCAUCCCCCCAUCCCACUCCACCAAGGCAAGAAAAAGAAACAGAAAAGGAACCCCCCUGCGAAUUCACCCACCCCUGCACAACCUCCACCUCUCCCUCAGGCAGCGCCUCCGGCGGGACCCACCCCCGCAAACUAAUCUCCCACGUCUUCGGCCGCAACAAGACCGCCACGAAGCUCUUCCCGUCCCACGUAUGGGUCCACUACUGCCGCAAGCAUUACCAGCGGGCGCGGUACCGGGCGCGCGCAUGGCCGUUCACGCAGUGCGAUCUGCUGCUUGAUAGUCUGGCGAGGAUGGAGGCUUGGGGCGGGGUGGAGAGCUUUGAGGUGGUAUUGAGGAGGAGGGAGGCUGAGAGGAUUUCCUCUUCCUCCUCUUCGCAGCAGUCCGCCGCUAAAGACGGGGUGGAGGGGGUGAGGCUGAGGAAGGGGAGGCGCUCUGUUUCUACUUCUGUUUCUGUUUCUGCGUGUGCUUCUGGGGAUGAUGGGGAGUAUGGAGCUGAGGAGGAGGAAGAGGAGUCACCAGACGAUGGAAGGAAAAGAAAACAGAGACGCAAGCCGCGGAUCAAAGCGUGUCCUGUUCCCGAGUGGUUGCGCGCCGAGACAGGGCCUGGGAAGUCGUUUGCUGAGAUCCGGGCGAUUGUUGAGCGGGUCCGUGCGGAUUUGACGGAGCAGCAUCAGCGUCGCCAGAUGCAAAACACAAAGGGCAAAAGUAAAGAGCAGGUGUUGUUUCCGGAUAUUGAGAUUCUGCCGACGUUUCGGGCGUGGGUUUUAGAGCAGGCUAGUGAGGAUGGGGAGGGCACAAGGAAGAAGUCGUCGAGGGUGAGUAGGAAGGGAGCGGUGCAAAAGGUACAAAGAUGA